ACAUUUCAGUCAAAUCGAAUUUCACGCCAUUGACCCAAGUCUUUCUAGUAAAAUCCAAGGCUCUCAGCUCAGCUGCACUGCGCUCUCACUCUCUUCCGACUCAAAGAAAGUCAUCGCUGCGAAGAGUAACUAAGCAACGCUCUCAUGUUGCUGCUUCCGCGAAUGUCUUCAAACCUAGCACGAUUAUUGCUGCUUCUGCUUUUCGCAUUUUCGAUCUGUGAUGCGGUCGCGCUUCCCGGCCCUAUCUCCGAUCGUCACCGUUCCGCUGCUUUGGAGCUCUUCGCCCCUCAGCACGGUUCAUUUGCAAGUUUAGAAGAAUCCUAUGAGGCCCUUAGAAUCUUUGAGAUUCUUGCGGUUAGGGAGAAGCCUGAUGUGAGGGCAACAACUUGUCCGAAAGUGUUGGAAAAUCUUGUCUCAUCCACCCCACUGAAGGAUUUGUUCUAUGCCUUAAAAGUUAAUGGCAUAUUAAAAUGCAAGGUUAAUGGGGACAUUUUCAAGGAUAUUGCUUCGAGACUUAAAGCUACUGUCAAGGAUGCGAAGACUUUGGUUGACCUGUAUUACUCAAUUGGAAGUUUGCUUCUUAUAAAGGACCAGGCUUCUGAUGUUGAUGUGCUUCUUGCCGAUGCUGAUGGGACCUUCCACUCAAUCAAGGCGCUAAGCCAAAGUGAUGGAAAAUGGCGCUAUACUGAUAAACCAGAAUCUAGUACUUAUGCUGCAGGAUUGGCUCUAGAAGCACUGGCUGGAGUGAUCACAUUAGCGUCUUCUGAGAUUGAUCAGUCUAGGGUCAAUUUAGUGAAAAAUGAUAUACUGAAGCUUUUUGACAGCAUUGAAAAAUAUGAUGAUGGAACUUUUUAUUUUGAUGAGAAACUGGUUGGUGGACAUGAGCAUCAAGGUUCUAUUUCCACAACUUCUUCAGUUGUUCGUGGGGUUUUCGCAUUCGCUGCUGUAACUUCUGGAAAAAUAAAUCUUCCAGGGGAUAAAAUAUUGGGCUUAGCAAAAUUUUUCCUGGGCAUUGGAAUCCCAGGAGAUGCGAAGGACUUAUUCAAUCAAAUAGAAUCAUUAGCUCUUCUAGAGAGCAACAGGAUUUCCAUUCCGUUGAUAUUGUCACUUCCUGCAAGUGUUUAUUCAUUAUCUAAUAAAGAUAAACUCAAGGUUAGGGUGAAUACAGUGCUUGGUUCAGCUGCACCUCCUUUAACAGUUAAGCUUGUCCGGGCUUUCAGCACUGUUGCUAAAGAUUCGGCUGUUAUUCAGAACAAGGACCUCAAAUAUGACCAGAAUAGCGGACAUCAUGUAUUGGACGUUUUACCAGAUGAAGUGGAUGUGGGUAUUUAUGUGUUUGUUUUUGAGAUGGUGCUUCAUGAUGCCGACGGAGAAAAAGUCUAUGCUACCGGAGGCCAAAUUCAUGUGCCAAUAUAUGUCACUGGCAUUGUUAAAGUUAGCAAUGCAGAAAUUGCAGUUCUGGACAAUGAUCUUGGAAGUAUUGAAACCCAGAAGACGCUAGAUUUGGCUGGAAAUGACAUUGUUUCGCUCUCAGCUAACCACCUGCAAAAAUUCCGUUUUUCUUUCCAAUUGACAACCCCUCGUGGUCAUGCAUUUAAGCCUCAUCAGGCAUUUCUCAAGUUGAAACAUGAGACAAAGUAUGAGCACAUCUUUGUUGUUGGAAAUGCUGGCAAGAAAUUCGAGAUUGUUCUUGAUUUUCUUGGCUUGGUGGAGAAAUUUUACUAUCUCUCUGGCAGAUAUGACAUUGAGCUGACUGUUGGUGAUGCUGUCAUGGAGAACUCUUUCUUACGGCCACUUGGCCAUCUUGAAUUAGAUCUUCCAGAAGCACCUACUAGCAAGGCACCCCGUCUUCCUCCACUAGCUGUUGAUCCAUACACGAGAUAUGGGCCCAAAGCAGAGAUAACCCACUUAUUCAGGACUCCUGAAAAACGACCACCAACACAACUCUCUCUUAUUUUCUUGAGUUUGACCCUUCUGCCCUUAAUUGGCUUUUUGGUUGGGCUAUUGCGCUUGGGGGUAAACUUGAGGAACUUUCCUUCUUCAGCAGCACCUGCUACAUAUGCCAUCCUGUUCCAUCUUGGCAUUGCCGCGGUUCUGGUUCUCUAUGUACUUUUCUGGUUGAAGCUGGACUUGUUCACCACACUUAAAACAACAGCACUUCUUGGAGUUUUUCUGUUGUUUGUGGGACACAGAAUCCUUUCGCAUCUUGCUACCACAUCAGCCAAGCUGAAAUCUGCAUAAGGAACAUUGUGUAUUUAUAAAGAGAAUGAAAAAUAUGAGUUUUCACUUGUAAAGAUUGUACUAAUCAUUUUUGUAGGAACUAUGUUGCAUAAUCUUACGUGAAUUUUAGAGAGCUCAAUUAUAUCAAAAUAGAAAAGCAUAUUAAAAACAUUCUACGGCUCGUAAUCUUAGGCAUAGUUCUACAUAGGGUUUAUAAUUACAAGUUCUAUGAAAAAUGUAGUGAUUUGCCGCGGUAUCUUGAAUUUUAUGUCCAUUUACCCCAAUGACAGUAUACUUCAAAAAAAGGAGGGGGAAGAAAUAUUAAUCAGGGGUUGCCGUCAUAUAA